ACUUUUGCAGAGCAUUAACAAUGGCGGAACCACAAGAAUCAGAGGCCUCGAGCGGCAUCAGAGUCAGUGGCAUGCAAUUCGCAUACGACGCACAGCCGCCGCUCUUCUACGACUUCAGCCUCAACGUCGCUCCCGGAUCGCGGUGCCUUCUCGUCGGCGCCAACGGAUCCGGGAAGACGACGCUGCUGAAAAUUUUGGCGGGGAAGCAAAUGGUGGGAGGGAGAGAUGUGGUGCGGGUGUUGAAUUGCUCGGCUUUCCAUGACACUCAUUUAGUUUGUAGCGGCGACUUGGCCUAUUUGGGAGGCUCCUGGAGCAAAACCGUCGGCUCUGCUGGAGAGGUACCGCUGCAAGGAGACUUUUCUGCUGAACAUAUGAUAUUUGGAGUUGAAGGAACUGAUCCAGUUAGGAGAGAGAAGUUGAUUGAGCUGCUUGAUAUAGAUCUGAAGUGGCGAAUGCAUAAAGUAUCGGAUGGGCAGCGGCGCCGAGUGCAAAUCUGUAUGGGACUUCUUCAUCCUUUCAAGGUUCUCUUGCUUGAUGAGGUAACAGUCGACUUGGAUGUUGUUGCUAGGAUGGACUUAUUAGAAUUCUUCAAGGAAGAAUGUGAGCAGAGAGGAGCUACAAUUGUGUACGCAACACAUAUCUUUGAUGGCUUGGAAACAUGGGCAACCCAUUUAGCUUACAUCCAAGAUGGUGAGCUAAAGAAGGCUCAGAAAUUAUUGGAGGUUGAAGAGUUGAAGAAUUCUGUCAAUCUGCUUUCUGUUGUCGAGUCCUGGCUUCGUGCUGAAACCAAGCAGGAGAAAAAGAAAACCAAAAAUCCUGCCCAAACGUCAUCUCCUUUUGGUAUGUCGUCAAGACAAAUGGCGUAUUACCGCUGAUCUCUCGAUGAAGUUAGAUAAUAGCCAAAAUUCAAAGAAAAUUCUUAGAUUCAUCUUUCACCAAUCCUUGGUAUACCCACAUAGAGUGUUUCCCUUCUUAGACUGUAGAAAUAAGGAUGGAAUUGAAAUGGGAUCCCCCACGUCGAGCAUGUGUUGUUGGCUAUACGGUGAAGCAGCUCUGUUCGCCUUUUACAGGCCUGACAUUGAUCAUCACAGAAAACUUGCAACAAGUUAGUCUGCAAUUCCCUUUCCUGGUGGAGGCUAUACCAUGAAGCAGGUCCUAUGGCUUUUCAUAGGCUGAUGACUUGGUUAUCCAAGAGGUCUUGCAACAAGAGUCGUCUGCGAUCUCUUUCCCACUGUGUCUUUGUUUGAUUAUGUAGAGAAGAAGAUUUUUGUGAUGAAGGGACCAUCUGAUAGCAGCAUCAAGCAUGUGAAUAUCACAAUCUUUUACAUGGCUUUGCUUGAAUACAAUGAGACAGGCUGGAAAAUUUGUUACUAUGAAUCUGAUGUAAAAUCCUUUAUUUUAUAGUAAAUAGAUAUAAUUUUUCACACGAGCUAGUCUCAGUUCGACUCUGUUAUCAUGCUUGUGUCUAUCGUUGCCUGUAACUGUAUGGUAUCAUGCUUUCAAAUAGCCUGGUAUUCUUUAGUGUUCUAGUUUUCCAGAACUUGCUUCUGUAGUUUCAUCUUCUCUAUACAAAAGGAUCAACAACGUUGAGCUGCUUGAGCAUUCUCACGCAUUCGAUGUUAUUUGAAUCAAGACUCUUCAUACGCCUAAUUUUCAUUAUGGUUGUGCAUCAUAGAGUUACUGUCAAGUUGGUAGGUUUCAUUGGAAUUUAGUAGGAUUAAGGAACACAGUUUCUUUCUUCCUUUACACUACAAGUAACAUUUCAAGGUUGCAAUCGCUUUCUGAUGGCAAUGCUUCUCCAAACUGUAUUCCACAACGUCGGACCAAAGCAACAGUUUCACUUUCACACAGUCUGGUUUUGGCGUCAUCCGAGGAGUGGGGAUCAUGGUCCCAUGAUUGCCCUAAAUGCAAGAAAUCUUCCCUAGCUUAUCGACUCUCAGAGUACUGUAUAUUGCUUUCUGC